AUGGCCCGCACUCCCUCGCCCGAGGGACGUGACGUCAUUGAGCGGGCGGCGCGAACGGUUCAGGCCUUCCGCGAAGCCCAGUGGCACCAACUUCAUCGACCCGCAAAUCUCCAAGUCGCACCGGCGGAUGAUGGUUUCAACCAAGCCCGACGGAACUGGCAACGAGCGGUCAGCGUUGCUAGACGAGCCGGCGGUGACGAUGACCGUGUUUCGGGAUCUCCUUCCACCGGGACCAAGUCAACCCACAGUGACGUGGUCUCAUCGGGGGCAACCGCCAAGGUGAUGGAUCUCAAAUACUUCUUGGAAAUUGUGGAUCUGAAACAUCGACAUGGGAGCAAUCUGCGCUCAUACCACAACUAUUGGCAGAACUCACCGACCAACCAAAAUUUCUUUUAUUGGCUCGACUAUGGCGAAGGACGGAAUUUGGAACUUGAGCAAUGCCCACGAGAACGGCUCGAGAAACAGCAAGUUCGCUAUCUCACCCGCGAGCAACGCAUGAAUUAUUUGGUCACAGUGGACGAAGCUGGGUUGUUUCGAUGGGACAAAAGUAACGAGCUAGUGUGGACAAACAGUACACGCUUUAAAGACAGCCUCGAUGGGAUUGUAGGCAUAGAGGAUGAUGCACCGCAAUUCAUUGGAAAUGAAACCACCGCGGAUUCUGCGUCUAUUUCCAGCUCUUCGUCAUCAUCAUCAUCAUCUUCUACGUUAUCUUCUACAACAAGCAUGGGCAGUGUUUUGUCCGACGAGGAGACGAAACCUUUCACGGAAGAGGAGUACAAGGCUGCAAAGGUGAUGAAGAAAGUCCUUCAUGCUAGCCCGACCACUGCAUUCAAACGAAUGAUGGGCAAGUCCACCGAAAAGGAAAAUAUGUGGAUCUUUGUAAGUCUCCAAGGUGCUCGCAUCGCCGCAGCUGGAAUGAUCAAGAUCAAACACGGUCAGCUACGUAGCUUGGCACCGCUGAGUGGUCAUUAUCGACCUUCAGCCGCCAACUUUCGGGCAUUCCAUCAUGCGCUCCAACAACAAGGGGUCGAUAUGUCACAUGUCUCUAUGAGCAAGUCCUAUGUGAUGCUCGCUGGAAUCGAAGGAUACACUAAAAUGAAACGGAAAGCCGGCGAAGUACAUGGAAAAAUGGAACCUUAUGAACCAAAGAUCUCCAAGCCCCCCGAAUGA